UGACAUAUUCUUUGUCACUUGAAAAAAAAAACUGUUGAUUUUAUAUUGUUAUAAACAAGUAUACAAUUAUCUUAAAAACAAUGUUGCAUUAGUGAUAUAAUUUAACAAAAAUAUUAACCAAUUGUCAUUCAUUUGACAUAACAACAUGUGGAAGUGUCAUAAAUGUGGAAAGCCUGUUUAUUUUGCUGAAAGAAAACAAUCAUUAGGCUAUGAUUGGCAUCCAGAGUGUCUUAGAUGUGAAGAGUGUGGUAAACGUUUAAAUCCAGGUCAACAUGCUGAGCACAAGGGUGUUCCUUAUUGUCAUGUGCCAUGUUAUGGAGCAUUAUUUGGACCACAAUUAUUUGGUCAUGGAACAAGAGUUGAAUCACACACAAGUUUUGGUAAAAAAGAAUUACGCUCAGCUCUACCAAGAUCUCACCUAGAAACAAAAUUAAAAGUUUUUAAUCAGUAUUAUGAUGGUAAAAGUGGUGGAAUAAGAAGUCGUGAAGUUAAUGGAAGAUUAAUACUUGAAGGAGCACUUAGAAUAUAUUGGGGAGUUCGUGGUGUUAUACAUUUAAAAGAAGAUGAUGAUCAAAGAACAGUUGUUACAGCAAGAAAUCGUAAUUCAUGUAGAAGAAGUGUAUCAGAGGAGGAAGAUUCAGAUGUUGAUGAAAAGCCUGAAGUUGAAAUAAAAGAUUUAACUGAAAAUAUAAGUGAAAUUGUGAUAAAUUCUGUGCCAGUAUCACCAGAUCAUUUAAAAAGUUUAACUCUACCAAUGAAGCUUGAUGUUAAAAAUAUGGAUUUAGAUGAACUUGAUGAAUUACUUCAGGUAGAAAGAAAAAUAGAAGAUGGUGAAAAAUUAUAUCAAACAAUGCCAGAAAAUCUACCAUCAAUGAGUUCACAUUCCAGCAAAGAUAAAUCUAUAAUAUCAAGUCGUUCAAGUUUAGAUAAUUCAAGUUCAUCAAGUUCAAGUAUCAAUACUAAAACACAAGGUAGUAAUGUUAGUAAUACAUCAAGUCCAAGUAUUGAAAGUUCAUCUGGUACUGAUACACCAAAUUGUCAUGGUACACCAAAUAAAAAUGGUACAUUACGUCGUGUUGAAUAUUUUGAUAGUUUAGAAAAAAGUGGAAGUAGUAGUAAUCGUAUUGGUAAUGAUGAUAGUUGGAUUGAAAAAGGUUUAAAUCGUUCAAUGUCUGGUCCAGAUUGUUUACAAAGACAUCGUGAUAGUGAUACAGAUUCAGUUAGUUCAUUACAAUUUAGAGAUGAUGAUAAUAUGACAAUGUCAACUGACAGUGGAUUAGAAUUAGAUGGUGUUGUAUUAAGAAGAAAACAAGGAUCAACAGCAAUACGUAGACGUGCUGGUGGACGUAGACAAUCACGUAGUAAAUUACGACGUCGUUGUUCAAUAAAUGGACAUUUUUAUAAUCGUGAAACAAGUUUUUUUACACCACCACAUGGUUCACAAAUGUCUGUUUGGGUAACUAGUCUUGUUAGUACACAAGAAGUUAUUAAUCUAAUGUUGGAUAAAUAUAAAGUUGAUGCUAAACCAGAUAAUUUUGCAUUAUUUAUUGUAAGAGAUAAUGGUGAACAACGAAGAUUGAGAGAUGAUGAAUAUCCACUUGAAGUUAGAGUUGUACUUGGACCACAUGAAACUGUUGCACGUUUAUUUUUAGUUGAUAAAUUAUCAACACAAGAAAUAAGCUCUGAUGUUGCACAAUUUUUAAAUCUUUCAAUUGCUGAGUGUCAAGGAAUUUUACAACGUUAUCAUUAUGAAGAAGAAAGACAGAUAGCAAUUUUAAAAGAAAAGUACAAAGAAAUGAGACGUCGGAUUAAACAACGAAUGGAAGAACUUAAAGUUCGAUUAUAGGUAACAGAAAAAAACAAAACAAUUGGUUGAAUUUAUUCCAUUACAUUUGCAUUACAACGAUUUUUUCUUAACGUACUCAAUUAUUGUAAUAAAUUAUUACAAUAAGUACUAAUAAUUAUUAUUGUUCUUAUUAAUUAAUUAACAAAAUCACGUUAAGCGUGAGAAAUAUAAUCAUAUAGCUUUUUUUUUUUUUGAAAAAAUGUGAAUGAAGAAAUUAAUAGUGACAAAUUAAAUUCUUUUAUUCAGUUUUUUUUUUUUUUUUAUUAUUUUUUAACUAACAAUUAUUAACAAUUUGUUACUAUUAAAAAAUUAUUUAGAUAUUAGAUUUUUUUUUAUACAUGUUUGUCUAUUAUUUUGUAGGAAAAAUUUAAUAGAAACAUCGACUCAGUGUUUGAUAAAUAAUCAAUGUUUUUUUAUGGAAAAAAAAAUAUAUAAAUUUUUUAUUUUUCAACUUGAAUUAAAAUGAGAAAUUUUAUCGAUCUUUUUUAAAUUUUUUGAAAUACUAUUUUACAUUUUAAUUAUAUCAGCUACUAAAAUUUAUAAUUAUCUUAAUUAAAUAAACGAAAAUUCAUUAUUAUUUUUAAAUUCUAACAAGUAGCUUUAUUUAAAUAAAAAAAAGCCUGAAAAUAAAUAGAAAAGCUUUAAACAAAAAAAUGAUUUAUAGUUCCUGUUAACAAAUAACUUCAAAAUUAAUAACAAAAAAAAAAUAAAUAUGUAUAUUGCGAAUAGCCACUAUUGAGUCGAUGAUGAAAAUAAAAUUAUACAAUAUUCCAAGACACCAUAUAAAUAUGGCAGCUUAUACAAGUCUGAUUUAAAAAAGAAAAAAAAUUACAACAUAAAAUGUAAUAAAUUUUAAAAUAUCAUUUUCAAGUAAAUCACAUGUUGAUUUCUAUUUUCCAUCUAUUUAACUCAUAGAAAAAAAAAACAAUCAAAUUAAUUAAUUAGAUAUUUAAAAUUAAAAAAAAUUUACAACCAUGACACCAAUAUAAAAACAAAAACCAUGAUAAAAAUAUAUUUUUAAACGAAUUAUAAUUAAAAUUAAUUCCCCAAUAAAUUAUAUAAACAACAAAUUGUAAAAUAAAAAAAAAAUAACAAUAAAUACAAAUUUAAAUA